CUCGGGGCAGCGGAGCACACAGGAUCCAAAAUGUCGGGAGAAGUGUAUCUGAUGUGGCUCUUGUCGCUCCUUCAAACGCUGUCGGCGUACGGUGCCGAUCUGUCUUCCGAGGCGUGCAGGGAGCUGGGCUUCUCCAGCAACCUGCUGUGCAGCUCCUGCGACCUUCUCGGGGAGUUCAGCCUCACCAAGCUCCAGCCCGACUGCCGGCAGUGCUGCCAGCAGGAGGCCCAGAUGGAAGCGCGCAAGCUCUACCCUGGGGCCAUCCUUGAGGUGUGUGGAUGAAAAUUGGGCAGGUUCCCUCAAGUCCAAGCUUUCGUCAGGAGCGACAAGCCAAAGAUGUUCAAGGGUCUUCAGAUCAAGUACGUGCGAGGCUCCGAUCCUGUACUAAAGCUUUUGGACGAUAACGGGAACAUGGCCGAGGAACUCAGCAUCCUCAAGUGGAACACAGACAGCGUGGAGGAGUUCCUAAGUGAGAAAUUAGAGCGGAUAUAGGUGUAGGAAUCUUCUUUUUUUGUUUUUUUGUUUAAGUCUUUAGGUAAAGGGUCACUUCACCCAAACAACAAAGAAACAUUAUCUCACUAACUUCUAGUCUUAUCUAGUCACACAGAUAGUUUCUGUUUUAUAUGCUGAGACUUUGAGAUAUCACUCUGGGAUUUCUGCCUUCUCUUUCAGGUGACUGGGAUUUUUGUUGUUUGUUGACCUUACGGCAUUUAAAAGUGACAUUUAAAAUAUUGAACAGCAACUUGACUUUUCAGAAACAAUGUACUGUAGACCACCUAGUGCACCGUCAAGAGAUUUUCGUUGGAAAUACUUUCUUCCUGACGAAAAAGUCUCAAUGAAACAGGGACACUGUUUCUGGAAACGCAUGUAGCUAUAAAUAUAACUUUUUAAUGUAUUAAAGACCACAAACAAAAUUCUAUUAAUAUCCACUGGAUUCAGGUUGUGGAAGAAAUUGGAAAACCUGAGUAAAUGAAACAGAAACUAGCUACAUGGCUGGAGGAGAUAGGGAGAAAAUGUUUGUUUUGGAAUUUGGGUGAACUAUCCCUUUUAUGUAUCAAUUUGUACACAACUCUGCCUUGAUAGAUGGUUGUUAAGUCAUUGUUUUUGUAUCAGAAAAUCAUCCAUUUCCAAAAUAACUUAUGUGAGAGUGUGAAAAGACAUAAUCAGACAGCACACCUGAAGAUCAACAUCACAUAUAAAUCAUGAAUCAAAGUGUUUCCAUCCGGUCUAAAAAAAAUGCGCCACAUCAUGACCUGUUUUUGUUUCUUUGUGUGUGGGAGUUUUCUUUCCCCUCUCUGUCUGUGUGUCCGAUAUUCUUGUAUGAUUAUUUUUUAUAAUGCUCAACAUUGUGACAAAGGAUUUGUUGUAAGAAUGAAUGAGUCCUAGUUGCUCUCCAAAUGCAGACGUCUAUGCCGAGGCACAAGUUAGUGAAGACCUCACAGUAAACCAGUGUUGGGAUGUGAGCUCUGAUGUACAUUUGUGUUUUUAUGCGUCUUCUGCUUUGAAGAGAAACUGGAUUUUGUUUUGGAUGUUGGUUUUUGAGCAAGUGAGGUGGAGGUUUAAAUAUGCAACAAUAAACAAAUAAAAAUUG